GAAGUUUGGGGCCCUGGAGGCUGCUUACCCUCAGUGCUGGUGGCUGACCCGGGCCAGCACUCGGGUUGUAAGCAUGAUGAGCAGGCGACCUUCAGCGCAAGGGCAGGCUGCACUGCUGUGAUGGGCGGCAGCAUUCAAAGGCAGGAGGAGUGCAAGGGGCAGGAACGGUCCAUCACCAGAGCCUACUACAGGAACUCAGUUGGAGGACUCCUCCUCUUUGACAUUACAAACCGCAGGUCCUUCCAGAAUGUCCACGAGUGGCUAGAGGUAGAGGAGACCAGGGUGCCCGCCCAGCCAUACCAGAUUGUCUUUGUCUUGGUAGGUCACAAGUGUGACCUUGACACACAGCGCCAAGUCACCAGGCACGAGGCGGAGAAACUGGCUGCUGCUUAUGGUAUGAAGUACAUUGAGACCUCGGCUCGGGAUGCCAUUAACGUGGAGAAGGCCUUCACUGAUCUGACUCGUGAUAUAUACGAGCUGGUUAAAAGGGGGGAGAUUUCAAUCCAGGAGGGAUGGGAAGGGGUAAAGAGCGGGUUUGUCCCAAACGUAGUGCACUCUUCAGAAGAAGUGGUGAAAUCAGAUAGGCGAUGCUUGUGCUGAGCUCUUCUAGUGAGGCGAGUGGUGAUGAACUCUACUAACCAAACGUACUUUACUAAGCGAACUCAGUGUGACAGAAGGGAGAGCAACACUCCCGUUGUGAACAGCCUCCCACAUUGUUUUGGACACCAGAACAGACCCCAGAAAGAAAUGUUCUGUUCCAAAUAACCUUUCAGAACUGGGGGCUACAAACCUGAAGGAGAGUGAGUGAGGGUGCAUGUAGAUGUUGUAAGGAGACAGGAAGCAGAAAGGAGGGGCUGCACGAGCCAGGAGAGAGUAUACAGAGAGCUGGACGGGCUGGCACAUGCCAGGGUACUGUACAUGUCCUCUUUUAAGUCAAUCCAUAGCUCCCUGAUGGGUAUU